CAUAUUUAAGGCUUAAAGAAGUUGGAGGAAAGAAAAACAUGGGACGGCCAGAGAGGUAGAGAGGGAAGAAGAAGAAGAGAAGUGGAGUCUCAACCAAGUCUCCCAAUACCUCUAUAACACUUCAAGAUCCUCCUGGUCUGUUUCCCCUUCACCUGCAGAUAUUGGCCUACACUCGAUUUUUUUCUAUGAACCAACUCAUGUUUUCUGUGGCUUCAUAAUGGUAUUGAAGAGUAUCUGUGAGAGGAUCAUUGGUGCAACAUGUUCUUCUAAAAGCUCAGUUGAGACUAUAGAUAACAGUCAGGUGCCUGCUUCUUUGAAAGUAGGGUCUGGUGAAAGUAAGUAUCCUAACACUUCCUUGUGGUCAGGCUUCUUUCCAUCUGGUUUUUUGGUCUCUGAAACGCAUAGUGAACCAUCGCCUUCUGAAAAGAAAGCAGUUUAUUUUGGAAAUAGUGGGUGGGCAGCUGCUGUGUGGAAAGUUGUUAACAGUGGCUCAAUGAGGAGAUUUCAAGAACGUGUACUUGGGACAGGGAGGACUGAGAUUUCAAGUUCUGAUGGUGAUAUAUGGCUUCUGGGUGUCUGCCAUAAUAUUUCACAACAAGAAUCAACUGCAAAUGUAGAUACUAGAAACGAGUUUGCUGCAUUUGAGCAAGAUUUUUCUUCAAAAAUCUUAGUAACAUAUCGGAAAGGCUUUGAUGCUAUUGGAGAUUCAAAGUAUACUAGUGAUGUUAAUUGGGGAUGUAUGUUUCGGAGCAGCCAGAUGCUUGUAGCUCAGGCAUUGCUCUUUCAUAAAUUAGGUAGAUCAUGGAGGAAAAAUAUUGAUAAGCCACUGGAUAAAGAAUAUAUUGAGAUCUUACAAAGUUUUGGUGAUUCGGAGGCUUCUGCUUUCUCUAUUCACAAUCUCCUUCAAGCCGGUAAAGAUUAUGGCCUUGCCGUUGGGUCAUGGGUGGGCCCAUAUGCCAUGUGUCGAACAUGGGAAGUUCUAGCUCGUAACCAGAGGGAGACAGACAACCUUGCAGAGCAGCCACUUCCAAUGGCAAUUUAUGUUGUCUCUGGAGAUGAAGAUGGAGAACGUGGUGGAGCACCAGUUGUCUGCAUUGAAGAUGCAUCCAAACGAUGUUCUGACUUUUCAAGGGGCAAACUUGUUUGGACGCCUCUGCUUUUAUUGGUUCCUCUGGUUCUUGGACUUGAUAAAAUCAAUCCAAGGUAUAUCCCAUUAUUGCAAUCAAUUUUUAAAUUCCCUCAGAGCCUUGGUAUUUUGGGCAGUAAACCAGGUGCUUCAACAUAUCUUAUUGGUGUUCAGGGUGACAAGGCAUUGUACCUUGAUCCACAUGAAGUUCAGCAGGUUGUCAAUAUCAAUGGGGAAUCCCAAGAGACUAGUACCUCCUCAUACCAUAGCAAUGUUAUCAGGCACAUACCCCUAGAUUCAAUUGACCCAUCCUUGGCUAUUGGAUUUUACUGCCGAGACAAAGAUGAUUUCGACGACUUCUGUUCCCGAGCUUCCAAGCUUGCUGAAGAAUCAAAUGGCGCCCCAUUAUUCACGGUAGCUCAGUCUUGGAGGUUCAUAUCGCAAACCGCUAGUAACAAUGGGCCGGGUGGCAACCUUGGAUUCCAAGACGAUGAUUCCGUAGCUAUGGAUGUUGCGAACGAAGCAGGCAACAAUGAGGAUGAUUGGCAACUCCUGUAAUUCCAGAGUUGCGCAUGGUUGAUUUGAAGUGAUGGGUGUAAAAAUUUGUUGUUUGAUUCUCGUGUGCCUAAGCCUAAUUUGUCCGUGUUGUUGAUGCCUAGUUUUUGGGGCUCACCAUUCUCAAGAUAUGAUCGAAAAUAGGCUUUGUAGAAAAGUAAAUUAUACUGAAUAUGAUUCUUUGGCUUAAUUUAUUUGCUCAUUUGUUGAUAUAGCUAA